AUGGCAAGGACCCCUUAUGGCCAGUGCAGUGCUGUGGUGCCAUCUGUGCAAUGCCCCUCUGGAUGCAGCGAUGAGGUGGAAGACACUUAUCUCUUCUACAUGAAUGCAAAUGUGGUGAUUAUAGUUGACCAUGAAGAGUUACAGAAGUCAGGAGAUUCUCAGGUGAAGUUCUCUUCCCGCUACACUAUUCUGCCCUCAGGGAGUCAAACUGGGUGCAGAUUCUUCGGGUUUCCCCCUUUCUCUGUGUGUGUACACCUGUCUCCGGCCCCGACUGACCUUGAAGUUUUGGUACAGGCCGUCAUCUUUGUUUUUGCUGGUUAUGAGACCACCAGCACCACCCUCAAAUUCCUCUCCUCUAACUUGGCCGCUCACCCUGAUGUGCAGCAGGAGGAGAUGGAUGCUGCUCUUCCCAACGAGGCCAUAUCCACCUACAAGGCUGUCAAGCAGAUGGAGUAUCUUGAUAUGGUGGUGAAUGAAUCCAUCAAACUCUUCCCCCAAUGUGGGUGGCUGGAGAGAGGCUGCAAGAAAACCAUUGUGACAAAUGAAGCAACCUUUCCAAAAGGGACUGUCACCAUGAUCCAAGCCUACGUGCUGCAUCGUGGUUCAGAGCUCUGGCCAGAGCCAGAGGAGUUGAGGCCUGAGAGGUUCAGCAAAGAGAGCAGAGACUCCUAUACCUUCCUGCCCUUCGGAGCUGGCCCCAGGAGCUGUGUUGGAUUGAGGUUUGAUCUUCUCAUCCUGAAAGUGGUCUUGGUUGUCCUGGUGUAAAACUUGUCCUUCAGAACUUGCAAAGACAGCCAAAUCCCUAUGGUGCUGGAAUCAAAGGGUUUCAUGCAUCCCAAGAAGCCCAUAAUCCUGAAGGUGGUCCCCAAAACCAGUAUUCAGCCAGAAGAGUAA